AUGGAAAACAGCACCACAGCGAGAGAGUUCAUAUUGUUAGGACUGACCAACAACCAUCAAUUUGCCAUUGGCCUUUUUCUCAUCCUGCUUGUGAUUUACUUUUUAACAUUGAUAGGCAACAUGUUGAUUAUUAUUAUCACACUGGUGAAUGCCCAACUGUAUAGCCCAAUGUAUUUUUUCCUCCGACAUAUGGCAUGGAUAGAGAUUGGGUAUGUGAGUACCAUCAUUCCUAAAACACUGGCCAACAUGGCCACUGGCAGAAAAAGCAUAUCUUUAGCUGGUUGCUUCACACAGAUGUUCCUCUACUUUUUUCUUGGCACCACUGAGUUCCUUCUACUGGCCACAAUGUCUGUUGAUCGAUACAUAGCCAUUUGUAACCCUCUUCACUAUCCAACCAUCAUGAAUGAACAAAUCUGCUCCUUAUUGGUACUUUGUUGUUUGGCUGGAGGUUUGUCACUCAUUCUAGUUCCAGCCAUUCUUUUAUUUCAAAUGCCAUUUUGUGGUCCUCACAACAUCAUCAAUCAUUUCUUUUGUGACAAUGGACCCCUAAUCAAACUAUCAUGUGUGGACACUGGCCUCCUAGAACUGAUUGAUUUUGUGAUUGCCAUAUUCUCUUUGCUUGGGACCUUAAUUAUCAAUGUUGUGUCUUACAUCAAAAUCAUAUCUACCAUUUUGAGAAUCCCAUCAACUACUGGAAGGAAGAAGACUUUCUCCACUUGUGCCUCACACAUGAGUGUGAUCUCCAUUACAUACAGCAGUUGUAUUUUCAUGUACAUAAGACCCAGAAGCAGCAGCAAAUUAGAUUUCAACAAAAUAACGGCUCUUUUGAAUAUUGUCAUGGCUCCACUUUUGAUCCCAUUCAUAUAUUGUUUGAAGAACAAACAAGUACAGGAAGCUUUGAGGGCUGAACUGAGGCGAUGGGUUGGACUUUGCAAGAAAUUGAGGUGA